AUGUUGCCGGGAAGUUCCUCGCCCGGCCCGGCGUCCCCGGUCUCGGACCGGGCGCACCGCGACCUGGCGCGGGCCGAGACGGAGCUCCGCCGCCUGCUGGAACGCCAGGCCGCCGAGGCCGACGCGGCCCGGCGGGGUUUGGAGCGCGCCGUCCUCGGAGUUCGUCGGGAAGAGCGCCGCCUGGUGGAGCGCGUGGAGCAGGACCACCGUGACGCGCAGCUGCGUCUGGAGCGGCUGGGCGAGGAGAACGCGACGGCCGCCCGAAUCGGCCGCGAAGCGCUGGAACGACGGCUGGAGGAGCUGAUCCUGCUUCGAAGGAAGACCCGGGAAGCCGACGGAAGCGUCGCCGAAGGGACGGCGUUGUCGGAAGGGGUGGCGGAGUUCCUCCGACCGUGGCGAGUCUCGUUUUGCCUGAAGAGGGUGAGCUUCAAACCCAGCGCCCAACCCGACGCCGUCGCUUUUGGUGACGUCCGAGUGCAGGCGCAGAGUCUGUCUUUGCAUACAGGAGGUUGCGGUCCGAACGGGCAGAUGUGCGCGCUCCAUUCUCUGGAAAUUCCAUCCACGGAAACGGAGCACCGCGAUGGGUUUUCUAGCCCGGAUCCCGAAUCAGAAGCCGACUCGAUCGCUUCCGUUCGGAAGAACAAAAAAUUCACGUCGCAAUCUGUCUUGCGGCAGAGGACGCAAUCCGUAUCAUGUCCGGAGAACAUCCCGAUCAUUUCUGUUCAAGACGGCAAAAAAGAUGAGGGUAGGAACGUAUCCUCGUCGUCCUCAAUUGCGUGGAGUCGAGAGAUCCGCGACAGACUUCGAAGCCGGUCCCGGGACGAACGUUGUUUCCGCGACUCACGGGCAGACAGCCCGGACUCGGACCGCACGUUUGUCGUGAGCUCUUCUCGGGAGGACGCGGGCGUUCGCGAGACGGGGGCGGAUUCGCCUCGCGCAUCGAGCUCCCCAGUAAACGGCGGGAAUUCGGAAACGUCGGACAAUCGCAGAAUCUUUGUGAGUUCGCCCCUUCCCGGCUCGGAUCUCUUGGUUUUCCACAGAGGGAGGCCGACGUCGCAUCCGGAUCAGAGUUUCUCGUCCAGAUCUCUGUCCGUUUCGGACUUCUCGAGGCUUCGGGAGGAAGAGGAGGCCCGUCUAAUCCGGCGCUUCGGGAAGCGGGGCUCGGGUCGGGCUGACUUCACCCUGCCCGCUGGUCUGCAUUGCACACCGCGGGGGCAAAUCUUCAUCGUGGACCGCGGGAACGCUCGCGUUCAGGUUACAGACCCUCGAGGCAACAUUCUUCAGCAAGUCAGUUCCCCGAAUACAGAGGAUUGGUCCAGGCGUCUCACGAACUUCUGGGAUGUGGCGGUCAACUCAAAAGGCCUUCUGGCACUAAGCUGCGUGGCAGAGCGCGCCCUGCUGGUCUUCAACCGCCACGGUCGACUCCUGCGCACCUUCGGGGGGUCCGGCGACGGACUGGAAGCUCCCCGGGGCGUGACGGUAACUCGCCAGGACGAGUUCUUAGUGGCGGAUGUCCGCAGGGGGACCCUGGUGCUUCUCGAGCCGCCCCGGGAGACCGGGUCCCGUUCGGGUCGAACCGUGGCGACGGGAUUCCGCCGCCCUUACUUGGUGGCGGCCUGCGUCGGCUCGGGGACGGUGGCCGUGUCGGAAGGCGGUCGCACGCCCCUCGUCAGAGUCCUGGGACCGGACUGGAACACUCUACGGAUUGUGGGGGCGUGCUCGGCCGCGGGGCCCGUCCUGGUCAGGCCCCGGGGCGUCUGCAUCGACGCCGACGGAGACGUGCUGGUCGCCGACUGGGGGGACGCCCACCGCGUGCUCGUGUUUCCGGCGCGAGGAGAGGGCCGGGCCUUGGUGCCGGGGGGUUUGAACGGUCCGAGAGGGAUCGGGGUCUUACCGGGGGGCCACCUAGUGGUGGCUGACAGUAUGAACCACUGCGUCAAGAUCUACCAGUACAAGUGUGAACAUGCUUAA